AUGUCUACCCCAUCGGCAAUGUUUGACAUGGCCCAAGGUCGUCGCGACCUGGCCGCCCUACCCUCCGACUGGCAACAAAACAUCAGAGAAGCUUGGGAAGUCGUCGACCAACAAGGCCUCGGCUCCCUCAACGCGCGCGAGUGGCCCUUCGCCCUCCGCGCCAUCGGCUUCGACCUAGCCCGCACGGAAACCUACGCCCUCCUCCUCGCCCACGGCGUGCCCCCCCACGACCACGACCCGUCGCGGGGCCCAUGCAGCCCCUCCCGCCUGCGCAUGCCGCAGGAGCACUUCUCCGCCAUAGCGGCGUGGCUGCUGAUGCGCCGCGAUCCGCAGGAGGAGGCCGAGGACGCGUGGAAGAUGUUUGACCCCCGCGGCACGGGGCGGGUCACGCUUGAGAGUUUGAGGGCGGUGUGCGGCGAAGUGAAUUCUACGCUGAGCGAGGCGGAUAUGAGGAGGAUGAUUGAUAUGGCGGAUAUUUCGGGUAAAGGGUGGGUUAGUAAGGAGGAGUUUAUCGAGGUUGCCAAGGGCGGAUUUGGUCGUGGUUAA